GCCCCACAGUGCAAGGGUUCAGUUUCAACGGAGACUUUGCGGAGGUUUCGCGUGCGUGUUUUGUCCUCCGUGGCGCGGAUUCGAACGAAUAGCAGGGUGAUAUGCGUUAGGCCCGUAACGCAACAUCCACAACCCCCGGAACGAGUGUGUUUGUGUGCCCCAGUGAAGUGUAGUUUUUAAUCAGGUUUUGUAACGCUAGCACUACUGCCCACACCUAGCGAUGGUUCAGGUGUACCGCUUACCAGUAUUAUUGGUCCUGGUCGCCUUGGGUGGCUUUGCCGCCGGACAGCAGCAAGAGCGCGUCUGUGCCGCGGCGCGCUACACGGCCGAAUGUGAGCAGCUGCAGCGCGGCGCCUCGGAGGUAGUGUGCGUCCACGUGCAGGACAGUGUCGAGUGCGCUCAGCGCAUCCGCAACGGAACGGCCGACUUUGGCGUGUUCAGUGCGGAGAGUGUGCUGCUCACGGCCAGCCUCGACUGGGAAGGGCUGACCGUCAUCAAGGAGCUGCGCAAUGCCGAGCGAACGCGCGAAACCGUCGACUUCCAGACGGCCGUGGUAGUGCGCAGUCGCCAUACCGGGGGGCUUGAUGGGCUGCGCGGUCUGCACUACUGCCAUCCGGGGUUGCACUACAGCCGCACGCAGCGCUGGACCGAGCGGGUGCUGAAGCACUUUGAGCGGCUGGUCGCACCGCCAAAGUGCGAGGACUUCCACACCGUUACCGAGAUUGAGACGGCUGCCGUGGCGAACUUUUUCGGUGCCUCCUGCCGGCCGGGCGUCUGGUCGCAGCUACCGAAGGAAGACUCGGACCUGAAGGAAAAAUACUCGAAUCUCUGCUCGCUCUGCCCGAACGUGUCGUCCUGCUCGUACGAUGGGUACGCCAACGGGCAACAGUCCGCGCUGCAGUGUCUCGAGCGCGAUGGCGACGUGGUGUACGCGUCCGUGCUCGAGAUCCAACGCUUCUUCACCGAUCGGAGCUCGAUCGCGAGCGAUUUCUCCUACCUCUGCCCGGACGGUACGCUGCAGCCGGUCAGUGGGCCGGCCUGCACCUGGCUAGCCCAGCCCUGGGGCACCGUUAUGGCGUCCGCGACCAAAGCCGUCCAGAUAGCGGCCCGCAUGGACGUUUGGCUGCGCAACUCGCUCACCUCGGGCGCACCGUGGGAAACGGCCAUCAUCGACAUCCUGACCCGGCACAAUACGGACCGGAUUGCGGCGGCGUCCUCGAUCCAGUCGCCGGUCGAUUAUAUGCGGCCGCACCGGCCAAUGCCGAUACCGGCCGACAUCUGCCAGUCGACGGCCCGCUGGUGCACGACCUCGCUGGAGGAGCAGGACAAGUGUGACGUGCUGGCGAAGGCCGGCCUAACGUCCGGCGUGUAUCCGCUGCUGCAGUGCAACAAUCCUACCACGAACCGGAUCAACUGCCUGCGGGAAAUAUCGGCCGACCGGGCGGACUUUGCCGGCAUCGAUUCGAACUAUGGUUAUCUGGCCCGCCAGUCCAACCUUGCUGCGGCGCUGUACCAGGAGACGGAGAAGGAGAAGUACUCCUCGGUGGUGGUGCUGACGAAGGAGGGCAAGGGGCACGAUCGGUUCGAGAAGCUGCGCAACGCGAAGGCUUGCUUCCCGGAGUUUGGUGGAAUUGCUUCGAUCGCAUUCGUCAAUGUGGGUCGUUCGCGUGGAAUUUUCGAUCGCAACGAGUGCGACUACGGCCACCUGAUGAGCGAGUUCUUCUCCGAGUCGUGCGCUCCCGGGUCGCGCGAUGACCUGCACGAUCCUACCGGCGAGCACGCGGAAAACCUUUGCGCACUGUGCCGGUACGCCGAGAAGCCGACGCCGCGCGAACUCGGCACCUAUCAGGCCGCCGAUGACGACGGCCUCUACACGGACAGCCCGCUGGAAGACGACGCCGAGGAGCCACCGGUCGAGGGCAUUGAUCCGGCGCUACGCCAGAACGACGGCAUCGGUGGUUCGAUCGACCGGAACUUCCUGUGUGCGGCGGCCGAAACGAACCGUUACUAUGGAACGCGCGGCGCCCUGCGCUGCCUGCAGGAGGCCGGCGAGGUGGCCAUCAUCGAGGCGCAGAACCUGGCCGAGCAUGCCCAGUUCCUGGCGAUGAAUGCGAGCGACUACCGGGUGCUGUGCCGGAACGGUACGCUGGCCGCCUACACCGGCUUCAACGUGGACGAGGAGUGCUACCUGACCACGAUCGUCGACGGGGAGAUCGUGGUGCGCCGCCAGUGGGAACAGUCGGACAACAUCGUGCAUCUGCUGACCUCGCUCGACGUGUACCUGCAGAACGAUCCCGACUUCCGGAUGUACAACAUUUUCGCCGGCCAGCGCAACCUGCUGUUCGAGGAUUCGGCACUCGGGCUGGUUUCGCCGCAGCACAACGAGCUCGGCACGUCGGUGAAGAACUACAUCCGGCUGUUCGAAAACAUCGAGGACUGCCAGAAUGCGGCCCCGUCUACGACGCUGGCGCCGGGCGGUACCGGGGGCCGGGCGGCGAUUGUCACGGUCAACCUGCUGCUCACCAUCAUUCUGGCGGGCAUCAUUGCCUGGCGGUUGUAAUCAUUUCGUUUCUGGUAGGUGUUUGGGCUCCCUCUCUUUCUCUCGCGCGAGAAGCCACACCACACCCAGAACGGAAGUUUUGUUUUUGUUUCUCCCCACGUAACGUGUUUACUUUUCUUCAUCGCGAUAUCACUUCAAUCCAUAACUAGCGUAGUUCUAAUGCCACACCGGAAUGAAAAGUGUAUUUAGUGUAACUGAGACAUUCAUUAGUUUAACGGUCGAAACGUAACGGAAAUACUAAUAAAGAGGAACACUUUAAACUAA